UCACGUGAGCAUUACCGAUGUCAACAAUGGAAACCGUUUUUAUGUUUUUCUUUAUUUUUGUUGCUUUUGCGUCGUGUCAGUCACCACCGUACGUCGAAAAACAUUAUGACCAACAUUUGGAUCAUUUUAACUUCAUAAGCUAUGGCGAGAAAACGUUCAAGCAACGAUAUUUGAUGCAAGACAAAUGGUGGACAGCUGGCAAGGGGCCGAUAUUUUUCUACACAGGCAACGAAGGUGCAAUAACUGAGUUCUGGGAUGCUACAGGAUUCAUGUUUGACAUCGCACCUCAGUUUGGAGCGCUGGUUGUGUUUGCAGAACAUCGCUACUAUGGCACCUCCCUCCCAUUCGGAAAUGACACAUUUAAGAAAGAAAACAUGGGCCUGCUCACAGUGGAGCAAGCAAUGGCAGACUAUGCAGUCCUUAUCCAGUACUUGAAAGACUCCUUGAAUGCUACAAAAUCUCCAGUUAUCACCUUUGGUGGAAGCUAUGGAGGCAUGUUAAGUGCGUAUAUGCGGUUCAAAUACCCCAACCUCGUAACAGGAAGUAUCGCAGCGAGUGCACCAGUUUUGCUUCUAACUCCUACUGCAGACCGAUCAUUAUUCUGGAAAUUGGUAACGAAGGACUUUUCUUCUGCUACGCCAACAUGCUACACGAAGGUGAAAUCGGCCUUUCAGAUGAUGAACGAUUUAGCGGCACAGGGAGCUUCAGGUUUGAAGAAGCUCUCAGACACAUUCCGUCUCUGCAGCCCACUCACCAACAACGAUGACUAUGUUCACUUACUAGGCUGGGCCCGUAAUUCAUUCACAAACUUAGCUAUGUUCGACUACCCUUACCCUGCACACUUCUAUAGCAAUCUUCCUGCAAACCCUGUUAAGUAUGCUUGUCAGUACAUGGAAGCCACAAUAGAUCCAGUUGAAGGGCUAGCUAAAGCCUCGGGGCUGUUCUAUAAUGGAACAGACGGAACAUUACCUUGUUACAAUAUCAAGAAUGAGUUUGUGGCGUGCGCUGAUCAGACUGGGUGUGGAACUGGGCCUGAUAGUCUUGCAUGGGAUUUCCAGGCGUGCACGGAGAUAGAUCUAGUAACGGGCAGUACCAAUGUGACCGACAUGUUUCCUGCUCUGCCCUGGACGGAGAAAAUGCGGGAAGAUUACUGCUUCAAAACGUGGGGGGUGAGGCCAAGAAACACGUGGAGUCUUGUGGAGUUCUGGGGAAGCAACAUUGGGUCUGCUACCAACAUUGUGUUUUCCAAUGGAGAUCUUGAUCCGUGGAGUGGUAGUGGGGUAUUAAAGAGCCCCAACUCAGACAUACAUGCUGUAACUAUACAGGGAGGAGCACAUCAUCUAGAUAUGAGGGCCCAAAACCCACUUGACCCAAUCAGUGUGAUGGCUGCAAGAGAGGUAGAGAAACAGGCCAUUCGAAAAUGGAUCAACUCAUAAGUGGAAGACUGAAAUCCACUUGUUACUAUCACUGAAGUCAAUUUGACUUCAGCCUAUCAAACUCAGAAAUAUGUUACAUGAUUUAUUUUUAAUAAUAUUUUGUUUAAGAUCAACCAAUUUAAGUGUGUUUUUUUCAAUAAGUACUGUCAUGGUGUCGGUGUCAUUAUAUGAAACCUUAAAUCUUGACAAUGAACGAAAAUAAUGGUUAAGAUAUUCCAAGACUCGGCUCAUAUAUUACCAGUGCCACAACAAGUGUAGUAAGGAGCAUAACUGUGGUUGAAAAAUUUGUUCAGUUAAGUUUCCUAAAUGACUAAGAAAAACAGAUCAGCGUUUGCAUCUUCUUGUGGUUUUCGUGUUCACAUUAAAUUGUUAAAUAGAAUAUUUAUAUAUAACUGUGGCGGGAAAUUAGACUUUAACAUAUACUAGCAGAAAAAAGACACAGUUCAAAUAUAUUCAGUGGCAAUUACAUGUUUUAGGCUCUAAAUUUUCCAAAGAAAAGCCUCCUUUUUUACCUGCGAGUAUUACAUCAAGAAUACAAAUGAACACAUUGAACAAAGUGUGUAGAAAUGUUUGAGCCAUGAACAGUUAAUUUCUCCUGUUGGUAUAUAUGUAGUUUAUUACUUGUACAAUGUAGAUCUUGCAUAAUAUUAAACGUAUGAUAUUACAAUUUCUUUUUUCAAAACAAGUUUAUUUCAAAUGAUGUGUUUGUGCAAUAUUAUUGAAUUCUGCAUGACCUGUAUUAUAAACUGUGUGCUCUUGAUUCUUAUGACAUUCCAGGGGUUGUUUGUGAAUUUGUGUCAAUAAAAAUAUAUGUAUGGUA